UAGCGCUCAUGUCGUAUCCUUACCAUGGCCAAUAUUCAGAACAGUAUUCGGACCCCUCAACGCCGCGUGAAGUUUUCCCUUCCUGGGAGGUUAUUGAACAUCAACCUCAAACCCAACAAUCUGAGCCCGUUUUUACCGACCAGCUAUCGCCGCUGACCCCAACGUUGCCGCCGAUGUACACGCAAACGGUACAGCCGGAGCAUCUGAGUGCUGCAGGCCAGAGCUCUCCCAUCGAUAAUAAUACCAUUCAACUUCUUCCAGUACCUCAACCCAGGUCAGAGCCGCCAACGAGAGGACGUCAGCACCUUCGUCGAACUCCGCCUCGAUCCAGAGAGCACAGAGCUCAUCCUUAUGUUCGGCCAGGCAGCGCGGCUGGUCCUAGUCAAAACCAGGAUCCUGUCAUUAGAUUUGUCCCACCGAUACUGGCCCCAGUCAGGGCACCUACCGGACCGCCCACUCCUCAACGUCCUCGUUCCUCCCCCGUCUCGGUCGGCAGUCGCGAACGCACCUCUACCUCUCUCUUACUUUCGCAAGCAUCGCGAACCCUCUUCAUCCGGUUCGACUGGCGCUACGAUCCCGAGACUACAACGAUCACCGCCCACUUUGAGCUUCCCGGCGUUAAGCGCGAAGAUAUUUCCAUCCGUCUCUGGACGUGCUUUUAUAACCACUCCAGGCAGGUAACUGUAUACGCCACCAGGCAUGCUCCCUUUCCCGGAGCCACAACGUCGCGAGAUCCCGCGCCAGGGAGUGAGAUAUUCUGGAUUGAGGGCAAGUACGGUCAAUGCAAGAGAUCCAUCGUCGUUUCCCCAGACUGCAAACCGGAAGAUAUCGAUGCAAGAUAUGAGGAUGGGAUUCUUGUUCUGAAGAUCCAAUGCGGUCCGCCUGAUGACAAGAAUGAGGUCCAGAUGGUACCUCUUCGAUGAGAGCGUCGAUCUGUUUUUGAGUCUUCCGUUCAAGCCCCCCCGGCAUGUGUGAUUCCGCCCUGCCCCCCUCAACUUCUCAAGAUUUGAAGAAAAGAUUCUCUUUUUGGCCCGGCAAAAAAACUUCGUUUGGCUUUCAACGUCCGUCUUGAAUCUUUCUUGGAUUUUCCAAAAAGCGGCCUCGAGUAGGCGAGCGCUUGCUUUAUCAUUUUCUUUAAUCAUUAUCAUUAGCAUAUAUCUUCGCAUCGUCAUAUUUACUGUAGCUAGUAGUGUUCCGUAGCAUCGUUUCUUUUUUCUCUUCUUGUGUUAGAAAGUUUUCCCGCUUUGUUGUUUACAACCCCUGUCAAUAUAUACCACAAAUUCAGGACCUUUAUCUGGAA